AAUGCUAUAUGUUAUCAAGCUGUAUCUUAUCAAAUGUAACAAAAUGUGCAAGGCUCGGACAACUUUAGUGUAGUGAGGUGAUUGUAUGUUCAACGUUUGUGAAAUAUAAUUUUAAUAUGUUAAAAUUAUGAGUAUAUUUGAGUGGACUCGAGGGGAGAAGCAAAAAUGGCAAAGAUACAAUGGUCCUUGACGAAGACGCCAAAUGUUUUUAAGAUUAGUUUGAAGCAAAAAUGGUGGCGUUUGCAAAUCAUCUUCAAAUCUUUAUUCUACAAUGAUUUCUUAAACUGGAGUUACGCUUGUGAUAUACUUAUGGAACCUAUGUUCUGGUUUGUUGAGAACUUUACUGCCUGUUUGGGUCCGGUAUUUGUGGUAAUGGUAAGCCUGUUAACUGCCAGUAUCGUAUAUAUCGCAUACUACUUGGGUUUACCCUGGUGGUGGGAUCGAAGUCCUUUGAUGACGAUAAUUCUGCUAUUAGUUGGAAACUGGCUGCUGGUUAAUGUCUGUUUCCAUUAUUACAUGGGUGUGGUCGUGCCGGCGGGUUAUCCGCCUCAGGGCGGCCUUAUUCCAGAGGCUGUGAGUAUCUGCAAAAAAUGUAUCAAGCCAAAGCCGCCCAGAACACACCACUGUUCUGUUUGCAACAAAUGUAUCCUCAAGAUGGAUCACCAUUGUCCAUGGUUAAACAAUUGUGUUGGCCACUAUAAUCACCGACACUUUUUCUUGUAUAUGGUUUACACUGUGAUCGGUGUUACAUUUAUCAUGAUAUUUGGAGUGCGACUCGCAUACGAGGAAUUCUUCCCUGAGCAGGAACCGGAAUUGGAUGGCCAUCCGGUGCGCCUCAAUAAUUCGGAAAUAAUUCCUGUGACGGAAUCGCUGGACCAUUUAAGCGUGGAGGAACUGGCAGAAAUAGCGAGACAAGCAGCAGAAACCGAGGCCAAGGAAUGGCAACGAAGAUUAAUAAUUUUCGCUGGUCUGAUCUCCGUUGCCACGUUCACAGCGUUGGGUGCUUUGGCCUGGUGGCACGCGGGUCUAAUUACCCGAGGGGAGACGAGCAUCGAAGCGCGUAUCAACAGCACGGAAUCACAAAAGUACCGGGCUGAGGGCAAAUUCUAUCAAAAUCCCUACGACUUCGGGCCAAGGGAGAACUGGAGAUUGUUCUUGGGAAUAAAAAACAGAAGCUGGUGGCAUGUUCUGUUCCCAUCAAGCCAUGGCCCAUAUGGUGAUGGGCUCACAUGGCGAACCAUUCAUGAUAGCAAGAUCUCUUAAUUUCUGAGAUUCAGAAAGUCAAACUCAUCAGUCUCGCAUUUUACAAUUCAUACCUUCUCGUGACUUUUCCGUUCUUAUAUACGUUCCAAUAUUCUAGUCCAAACUGCAAACUAUUUUAUUGCAUUAUUAUAAUUAAUAGAAUUAUAACAUAUUAUUAAUAGAAUUAUAACAUAUAUACAAUUAGCCUUUCACAACCGUCGAUAAUUUUCUCUUGAUAGGUAAUAAUUGGAAUAUAAGCAGCAUAUGAAAUGACUGCAUGUGACUUCUCUGAAAUUUUAAAAUUAUUUUUAUAUACGAUGAAUGGAUAUUAUGUCAUAAAAUGUCGAGAAAGGAAAAAAUUGUAAAUGUUAUAAAUUCCUUAGUUUUAGAUUAAUUUGACUGACUAGUCAAUUUUAAUUGAUUAAUUGUGGGACUUGAUUUUUGAACAAGUACAAUUUAAUAAACAAUGUUUUUUU